AUGUCAGAAAAUCUACUUCAAAAAAAUCAUAAAUUAGCUUAAUUGCAUUUAUAUUUAUCCUCAAAUGAGUUUAAAUCUGAGGGUCUUCAAGAGCUUUCACAAGGAAUAUCGUCUUGCUCUAAUCUAAAUACUAUUACUUUAAAUAUAAUUAAAAAUUAAAUUGGUGAUAAUGGGGUUUUAGAGUUUGGGAAGUGUUUAUCGAAGCUAGGUUGUCUUCAAAAUUUAGCUAUUGAUUUUUCAUAAAAUAAUGUAGGUGAUGAAGGUAUAAUACAGUUUUGUUAAAAUCUUGAAAAUUGCAAAAAUUUGAAUUCUGUUAUUCUUAGAUUUAGCUCAAAUAAUAUUGGAAAUGCAGGUGCUUAAGCUAUUAUUAAUUCAUUGUAAAGCUGUUAAAAUAUUAACUUGCUCCUAAUUGAUUUAGGAAAUAAUAUUCUCACUGAUGAUAGCUUGAAAGAUUUAGCGUAAGAUUAAAUAAUCUACAGUAAUACAUCAAGUUUUACAUUAAAUGUUGUAAAAAAUUCUAUUGGAAAGAAGGGAUCUUAGUAUAUCAGUAAGGGAAUUAAUAAAAUGGCAAAUUUAGAAAACUUGGUUUUGAAGUUCUCCCACAAUGAUUUUGGAUAAACUGGAAUGCAAGAUUUAAUUUAAGGAAUAUCUAAAUGCUAGAAAAUAAAAAGUUUAAAACUAUAUUUUGUAAAUAGCUAAAUCGAAGAAUUAGGAUCUUAUUAGCUAGGCUAAGGACUAGGAAAAUGUAUCAAUCUUGAGCACUUAUCUUUGGAUUUGCAUAAUAAUGCUAUUGGUGAUGACGGUGCCUAAUAAAUUGGUCUUGGAAUAUAAAAAUGCAAAAAUUUAAGAAAUCUUACUUUCUAUCUUGUAGAUAAGUCGGUUAAAUAUAAAGGAGCUAUGAAUAUGAUAAAUUCGUUUAAAAAAUGCAAUAAAUUAAUCUAGAUAUCGAUAGGCUUUGAAAUAAAACUAACAGAAAUACAAAAGAACCAAAUUUAGAGGGUUUUAACUAAAAUUAGAAAGCUAGUUACAAAAUCAGUCUAUUUAGGGAAAUGA